AUGCGCCUGAAUGCAGUCCCGUCUGCGGAUGUGAGUGUCGCAGGCAAAUGGACUAACAAUUCAAGCGAACAGGCGGUAGGAUCUGGUCAACUGAACUGGGCGUGUAAAGAGGGAAAACCGGAGCGCCGGAUCACCGGUCGGAUGGCCUUCUGUCGCCUCAACAGUGACGGCAUCAGGGUCGCGUCCACUUUGUCCUUUUCAGCCGACAAGCUGCGACUGGAUCCAAGUGAAAGCUAG